ACUUGGACCCACCGAUUUCGCGCAGUGGAGAGCACCGAGCGCUGUUAGGGUCAAAGUUCGGCGGCCAAGCACCCGAACGACCGUGCAAGGUCCCAGCCCGCUAAGUCAUUAUUGUCCUAGCGCGGAUUUAUUCGUUGGGGUUCAACGUCAAAGUCCGGAUGUUCGUCCAGCUUGUCGAUUGCUGCAAAAGAAAAAUUCCCUCUGGCACUGUCGACCCUCCCACGCUCCGACCAUCUUCUCCUCCGUCUGCCGGCGAUAUCGCUUGCCUCAUUCCGUCAUACGAAAGGGCAUCUCAAUUGAGUGUUUAUUCCCUCCCGGCCGUAUCGCACCGGGUAUCCGUUCUCCCUUUCUUCUCCUUUCUCCCACAUAAUCUCUCGACCAUGUCGCGCUACCUCCGACCAGCGGCGAGGCUGGCUGCCACCGCGCGCGCCUCUGCCAUUCGCCCUGCCGCGCCUUCCCCUUUCCUUACCAGAGCCGCUGCUGUGCCCAGCAUACAAAAACGGACAUAUGCCGAUGCCUCCGGCGUCAAGGAGUACACGGUCCGCGAUGCCUUGAACGAAGCGCUCGCCGAGGAACUCGAGAGCAACCCCAAGGUGUUCAUCAUGGGUGAGGAGGUUGCCCAGUACAACGGUGCAUACAAGGUUACCAAGGGCUUGCUGGACCGCUUCGGCGAGAAGCGGGUUGUCGACACACCCAUCACCGAGAUGGGCUUCACUGGCCUUGCCGUCGGCGCCGCGCUGAGCGGCCUGCACCCUGUGUGCGAGUUCAUGACCUUCAACUUCGCCAUGCAGGCCAUCGACCAGAUCGUCAACUCGGCCGCCAAGACCCUCUACAUGUCCGGCGGCAUCCAGCCCUGCAACAUCACCUUCCGCGGCCCCAACGGCUUCGCCGCCGGUGUCGCCGCUCAGCACUCGCAAGACUACUCGGCUUGGUACGGCAGCGUCCCCGGUCUCAAGGUCGUCUCGCCCUGGUCGGCCGAGGACGCCAAGGGUCUGCUGAAAGCUGCCAUCCGUGACCCCAACCCGGUCGUCGUGCUCGAGAACGAGCUCUUGUACGGCCAGUCAUUCCCCAUGUCCGAGGCGGCGCAAAAGGACGACUUCGUUUUGCCCAUCGGCAAGGCCAAGAUCGAGCGCCCCGGCAAGGACCUAACCAUCGUCACUCUCUCACGGUGCGUCGGUCAGUCACUGGUCGCCGCCGAGAACCUCAAGAAGAAGUACGGCGUCGAAGUUGAGGUCAUCAACCUGCGCAGCAUCAAGCCGCUCGACGUAGAGGCCAUUGUCAAGUCGGUCAAGAAGACGCACCGCCUGUUGGCCGUCGAGUCGGGCUUCCCCGCGUUUGGCGUCGGCUCCGAGAUCCUCGCUCUUACCAUGGAAUACGCCUUCGACUACCUCGAUGCCCCCGCCCAGCGUGUCACGGGCGCCGAUGUCCCGACCCCCUACGCCCAGAAGCUGGAAGAAAUGAGCUUCCCCACUGAGCCGCUCAUUGAGCAGUUCGCUGCCAAGCUGCUCCGUCUCUAGUUGGUACAUUAGCUUUUGCAUUGAGGGGGCGCGAUUUAGGUUGUGAGAGGAGUGAAGUUAUUUCAGCAAGCAUGGAAACAGGAAAGCUAAACAGUUGACGUGACAGGGGUUGCUGCCCCUUGCUGCCUCAUUUCUUCCCUCUUUUUAGGCCUGCAACGGACAUCAUGGGCAGGAUUUAGCUGGAGCAGGUUGGUAAUGGUUUAAUAGACAGGCUGUUGGGGAUCAUUGUACUUGUACGUUCCGUUUAUAAGCCUUGCCUUUAGUUCAUGAAACCGCCUCACCCAGCAGCAUCGAUGAAUGAGGGUUCAACUCGAGCUACAACUGUAUAUACCGAAGAUGUCAUGGUCAGAAUGCCCGGUCUUGAGGUGUGUGUCUC